CUUUACACAUUCAUGGCUAUGGCCGCCAAAAGGAACACCAAUAAAAUGACCACCCAUUUUCAUUUCUCUCCAUCUCUGCCUUCUUAAGCUCUCUUCAAUCCUCCCACACUUCACCCAACACACAUUUCUUCUUUUUCCAUCUCUCUCUCUCUCUCUGCUUUCGCGCUCCACUUUCUCUCUCCUUUUUGCGGUACUGCUACAGUGAGUGAGUGAGGGGGGAGAGAAAAGAAAAGGAGGAAAGUGGGGAGCUUUUUCUUCGAGUCUUUUGGUAAAUACCCAUUGUAAAGAAGAGGGCUUUUUUUUUGUUUUCCCAAUUGAAUCUCGUUGUAGAGUAUGGGGAGCAAAUGGAGGAAAGCGAAGGUGGCUCUGGGCUUGAAUCUCUGCGCUCAUGUUCCCAGAACUCGUCUGGAUAAUGAAGACGACGAUGAUGACCUGGACUCCAUAUCCUCCUCCUCCGGCGCCGCCUCCGUCAGGCACUCCGGCGCCGCCUUGCUGUCUCCACCCACCCCGGCCUCCAAUGGCUUUAAGCUCUCUAAAAGCUUGAGCAGAUCUUCCAAGAAGAUGUGCUCGAUAUGUUUGGCCUCGAUGAAGCCGGGAGGAGGCCAUGCUAUAUUUACUGCUGAAUGUUCGCAUUCGUUUCAUUUCCAAUGUAUUGCGUCGAAUGUGAAACAUGGAAACCAAGUUUGUCCAAUAUGCAGAGCAAAGUGGAAAGAAAUUCCGUUGCAGUGUCCUAGUUUGGAUCCUCCUCCCCAUGGAAGGGCUAGAGUGAAUCCUGUUAACUGGCCUCAAAAUAACGCGCUAAUGACAGUACUCCGGCAUGUACCUCCUCCUCCUCCUCGCCCAAUCCCAUUCCGACAUGUGGCACCACUGCUUCAGGCUCCAGAGCCAACCAUGUUUGAUGACGAUGAAUCUUUGGGUCAUCAACUCGACUCAUCUCAGAUUCAGAAACUAGCUGGCACAUCAGAUACUGCUGAUAGUGGAGAAAGCAGAAUGACAAAGAUGAGCAUGUUCCCGGAAGUUCCAGCUGUUUCACGGUUCAAUGCUUCAGAUAACUUCACCGUCUUGGUCCAUCUCAAAGCUCCCGCUUCCGAUUCUGGGAAAAUCCUGUGUAGAAAUCAGCCUGAUAUGCCCCAGGUUAUCCAAACACCUCGGGCUCCCAUUGACCUUGUCACGGUUCUUGAUAUAAGUGGCAGUAUGGCAGGUACAAAGCUCGCUCUUCUAAAGCGAGCUAUGAGUUUUGUGAUACAGAACCUUGGUCCCAGUGACAGGCUUGCAGUCAUUGCCUUUUCUUCAACAGCACGCCGUCUUUUCCCCCUCCGAAGGAUGUCUGAAACCGGACGGCAUGAGGCACUCCAAGCCGUCAACUCCUUGGUUGCAAAUGGUGGAACAAAUAUUGCGGAAGGCUUGAGAAAGGGUGCCAAGAUAAUGGAAGACCGAAGGGAAAAGAACCCAGUUGCAAGUAUAAUAUUGUUAUCUGAUGGUCAAGACACAUAUACCGUCAGUAGUUCUGGUGCCAAUCAGCAGCAACCUAACUACCACUUGCUUCUUCCUUUGUCAAUGCACGGUGGUGGAGAAGGUUCAAAUUUUAAAAUUCCAGUGCACACAUUCGGGUUCGGUGCAGAUCAUGAUGCUUCAUCGAUGCACUCAAUUUCAGAGAUUUCAGGAGGAACAUUUUCCUUCAUUGAAACAGAAGGCGUGAUCCAGGAUGCAUUUGCUCAGUGCAUUGGAGGCCUUCUGAGUGUUGUAGUAAAGGAGCUCCAAUUAAGUAUCGACUGUGUCCAUCCCGGAGUCUAUCUAAGCUCUUUAAGAGCAGGCAGUUACCAUAACCGUAUCAUGUCUGAUGGACGAAAAGGAUCCAUUGAUGUUGGCGAUCUAUAUGCUGACGAGGAAAGGGACUUUCUUGUUUCAAUUAAAGUGCCUGCUGAUUAUUUGAGGAAUGAAACUUCAUUGUUGAAGGUGAGGUGUGUCUACAAGGAUCCCUUAACAAAAGAAAUGGUGAACCUUGAAAGUGAAGAACUUAGGAUCAGUAGACCAGAAGAAGCAGGAGAAACGAGUGUGUCAAUAGAAGUUGAUAGGCAGCAAAACAGGCUUCAAGCAGCCGAGGCAAUGGCACAGGCACGGACUGCAGCUGAGAAAGGAGACCUGGUUGGUGCGACUUCUAUCCUUGAAAAUUGCCGGAAGGUGUUAUCCCGAUCAGUGUCAAUCAAAUGUCAUGACCAACUGUGUCUUGCGCUCAACACAGAGCUCAAAGAAAUGCAGGAGAGGAUGGCAAACCGACAAGUAUAUGAAGCAUCAGGAAGAGCCUACAUUUUGUCAGGCCUGAGCUCACAUUCUUGGCAGAGAGCGACAGCCCGGGGUGAUUCUAUAGAUGGGUCGAGCUUGGUUCAGGCAUAUCAAACUCCUUCAAUGCUCGAGAUGGUUACUCGCUCUCAGGCUGCGUUACUGGGCAGCCCUUCCUCUCAAAGGCCCAUUCGCCCAGUUUGGCCCCUUGGGUCGCAACCAAGACCCAGGUAACAUGGCCAGAAGAUGAAGAUCUCUUUUUGUUUUAUGUUGACUUUGCCUGGGUGGGCUAAACUGGAGAUAUGAGAAGUCAAGAUUGUCAGUAUAUUUCAUGUGAUGGAAUAAAAACAAGUAAUGGAUGUCAGUGAGGGGUGCAAUAUAAUUUUGGGCAAAUGGUAUUUGAGAAGACCAAGGCUAGUUAGGUUCUUAGAUCUUUCUAUCUUCCUUGUGUUUUCCUAAUUGUGUUAUUAUUGUGGGUGCUGUACAUAGGGACAGAACUUUUUAUCUAUGGGAAAAUGCAAGUAUGCAACAUAUGUUUGUUAUUUUGCAA